CGCUCGGGGGCGCCUGGGGAGGGAGCGCGCGGGCGGGGGAGCUGGAGCAGGGCGCCGCCGCCGAAGCUUCCGUCUCGCUCGCUCGCGCAGCGGCGGCAGCAGAGGUCGCGCACAGAUGCGGGUUAGACUGGCGGGGGGAGGAGGCGGAGGAGGGAAGGAAGCUGCAUGCAUGAGACCCACAGACUCUUGCAAGCUGGAUGCCCUCUGUGGAUGAAAGAUGUAUCAUGGAAUGAACCCGAGCAAUGGAGAUGGAUUUCUAGAGCAGCAGCAGCAGCAGCAGCAACCUCAGUCCCCCCAGAGACUCUUGGCCGUGAUCCUGUGGUUUCAGCUGGCGCUGUGCUUCGGCCCUGCACAGCUCACGGGCGGACUGGGGUGGCCUCAGGAAACUUACAAUCGUGGCAGAAGGGAAAGCAAACGCAUCCUUCUUCACAUGGCGGCAGCAAGGAGAAGUGUAGAGAGAGGAGGGGAAAGUCCCUUAUAAAACCAUCAGAUCUCAUGAGAACUCAUUCACUAUCACAAGAACAGCAUGGAGGGUUCGAUGACCUUCAAAUGUGUGCUGACCCCGGCAUUCCCGAGAAUGGCUUCAGGACCCCCAGCGGAGGGGUUUUCUUUGAAGGCUCUGUAGCCCGAUUUCACUGCCAAGACGGAUUCAAGCUGAAGGGCGCUACAAAGAGACUGUGUUUGAAGCAUUUUAAUGGAACCCUAGGCUGGAUCCCAAGUGAUAGUUCCAUCUGUGUGCAAGAAGAUUGCCGUAUCCCUCAAAUCGAAGAUGCUGAGAUUCAUAACAAGACGUAUAGACAUGGAGAGAAGCUAAUCAUCACUUGUCAUGAAGGAUUCAAGAUCCGGUACCCCGACCUACACAAUAUGGUUUCAUUAUGUCGCGAUGAUGGAACGUGGAAUAAUCUGCCCAUCUGUCAAGGCUGCCUGAGACCUCUAGCCUCUUCUAAUGGCUAUGUAAACAUCUCCGAGUUCCAGACCUCCUUCCCAGUGGGGACUGUGAUCUACUAUCGCUGCUUUCCCGGAUUUAAACUUGAUGGGUCUGCAUAUCUUGAGUGCUUACACAACCUUAUCUGGUCGUCCAGCCCACCCCGGUGCCUUGCUCUGGAAGUCUGUCCACUACCUCCAAUGGUGAGUCACGGAGAUUUCGUCUGCCACCCGCGGCCUUGUGAGCGCUACAACCACGGAACCGUGGUGGAGUUUUACUGCGAUCCUGGCUACAGCCUCACCAGCGACUACAAGUAUAUCACCUGCCAGUACGGAGAGUGGUUUCCUUCCUAUCAAGUCUACUGCAUCAAAUCAGAGCAAACAUGGCCCAGCACCCAUGAGACCCUCCUGACCACGUGGAAGAUUGUGGCGUUCACGGCAACCAGUGUGCUGCUGGUGCUGCUGCUCGUCAUCCUGGCCAGGAUGUUCCAGACCAAGUUCAAGGCCCACUUUCCCCCCAGGGGGCCUCCCCGGAGUUCCAGCAGUGACCCUGACUUUGUGGUGGUAGACGGCGUGCCCGUCAUGCUCCCGUCCUAUGACGAGGCUGUGAGUGGCGGCUUGAGUGCCUUAGGCCCCGGGUACAUGGCCUCUGUGGGCCAGGGCUGCCCCUUACCCGUGGACGACCAGAGCCCCCCAGCAUACCCCGGCUCAGGGGACACGGACACAGGCCCAGGGGAGUCAGAAACCUGUGACAGCGUCUCAGGCUCUUCUGAGCUGCUCCAAAGUCUGUAUUCACCUCCCAGGUGCCAAGAGAGCACCCACCCUGCUUCGGACAACCCUGACACAAUUGCCAGCACGGCGGAGGAGGUGGCAUCCACCAGCCCAGGCAUCGACAUUGCAGAUGAAAUUCCUCUAAUGGAAGAAGAUCCCUAAUAUGGGGCAAGAUCCAGAUGACUCUCCUGCUCCUUUGGGGAAAGGACCUUGUAUCUUGGAGUGAGGUCACAGAAGGAUAGAGCUUGGGGGCAAAAUGUCUAACUUAUCUACAUGGGGACCGCAGUUCACAUUGUGCAUCUCAGGCUCCACAGUGAGGCUGACAAACUGCAAUGGCAGGGCUUUUAAAUGAGAUUUGAGGAUUCGCCAAGAUCCAUGGGGAACCAGGGGCAGCGGGGAAGCCCUCGUGCGGUCUUGGAUGGAGGUGUUAAAUGUGUAUCGUGCUGUGGAACGUGGGACAAUUCCACGCACAUCCCACUGAAUCAUCACGCAUCCCAUUGACUGGCAAGUACUCCCCACCCCCUCUGAAAGCAUGUCACAUCAUGUAAAUUUGCUUCUAACAUCUGCUUCAAACUGUCUCUGGACUCCAAAUUUGGAUGGGUCAGCCUCUGCAGAAAGUCUGUGUUGAGAUGCUGGAAGAACAGCAGAACCUCCUGCACCCUCAGCGAGGGGCCAGCUCCCAAAGGAAAGGUCCUUGUGUGAUGUUUGGAGAAUCUUCCUUCAUCCAGACAACUCUACUCAAAGCAAGACGAAAGCAGGAUGUGGCAGUUCCAGUGAGAAAGGAAAGGAAAGAUGGGCAGACUCUGCUUUCUGGAAAUUUCUUCACAAAGUAGAGCUCAUGAACUCUGUGCUGUCUUCUGGUAACAUAUCAUCAGUGUUUGUAUUCAUGGUGUGGCACAUGGAUCCUUGGCAUUGACUAAAUCUGGUGGUUUUUACACAUGGUCAGAAUGUGUUCAAAUACAUCUCACGAUGGAGACAGUAACCAAGGUAAUGUUUAGUUUCAGCAUUUUAAAAAGAUUCCACUUAACAUUUAUCUCAGAAUCAUGAGCCUCUCUCUAGUUGACAAUUGUCAUUGUUCCCCCCAGCCCCAAAUUGAACCAUACAUUUAUUUUCCAAAACAGAAAUUGUUUCUGUAAACAUAUCCCACCUUCAAAAGAAGUGUGAGGUUGGAUUUUUCCCCCUUUUAUUUGUCCUAAGAUUCCAGGAGGCUGGCCUCCCAGCCCAGAUAGCUCAGCCACCUCACCUGCUUAUCAUUCCUGCAUUCCUACUUUGAGGGUCUCAUCGUGCCCACUGGGUGUUGUUCCUAAGAUACUGAUUGAUUAAAAAAUUUCCCAAAGUGUCCUGAAGUGUCUCUUCAAAUACAUGUUGAUCUGUGGAGUUGAUUCCUUUCCGUCUCUUGGUUUUAGACAAAUGUAAACAAAACUCUGAUCCUUAAAAUUGCUAUGCUGAUAGAGUGGUGAGGGCUGGAAGCUUGAUCAAGUCCUGUUUCUUCUUGACACAGACUGAUUAAAAAUUAAAAGAAAAUGACAGUUUGAAGCGUGACUUUAAUAGUGCAGUAGAGUCGGGUGGGCAGGAGCGGGGUGGUGACAGUGAUCAUGGAUGAUGGGAUUCAAUGUAAGAUUAAGAACAAGAGAUGGAAGGAGAUAACACACAGACAGUGCUCACCUUCUAAAUGGAGGUUGUCUCAGAGACCACUGGGCAAGUGCCUCAUUUUCUACCAGGCAGUUCAGAAGAGGCAUGAGGGGCUAUCUCUGAUAUUCUCCCCUACAAAGUAGACAGCAGCAACAUCAAGCUGCCUGACCGUCAGACCAAGUACAGGGUUGCCUCUCCAGCCUGCAGCACUUGGGAAGACAGGUAGCACAGUGUCUUAGUCCACUUGUGUUGCUAUAAAGAAUAUCUGAGGCUGGGUAAUUCAUAAAGAAAAAAGGUGUAUCUGGCUCACAGCUCUGCAGGCUGUACAGGAAGCAUGGCACCAGCAUCUGCUUCUGAUGAGGGCUUUAGGGUGUUUCCACUCAUGGCAGAAAGGGAAAAGAGAGCUGGCAUGUACAGAGAUCACAUGGCAGGAGGAGGCAAGAGAAAGGGGAGGGGGCCAGGCUUUUUUUAACAGCCAGCUCUUGUGGGAACUAAUAGAGCAAGAAUUCACUCAUUACUGAAGGCUGGCACCAAGCCAUUCAUGAGGGAUCCUUCCCAUGACCCAAACACCUCCCAUUAGGCCUCACCUUCAACACUGGGGAUCAAAUUUCAACAUGAGAUUUGGAGGGAUCAAACAAGCCAAACUAUAGCAUUCUACCCCCUAGGCUUCCAAAUCUCAUGUGAUUUUCUCAAUGCAAAAUACAGUCAUCUGUCCCCCAAGUCUUGACUUGUUCCAGCAUCAACUUAGAAGUCCAUAAUCUCAUCUGAGACUCAGGGGAACUUCCUUAUAGCUGUGAGCCUGUAAAAUCAAAAUCAAGUUAUUUACUUCCAAGAUACAAUAGUGGAACCGACAUUGGGUAAACAUCGCCAUUCCAAAAGGGAGAAAUCAGCCAAAAUAAAGGGGUAAGAGGACUCACAGAAGUUCAAAACCCAGCAAGGCAGACACUAAAUCUUAAAGGUCCAAAAUAAUCUCCCUUGACUCCAUAUCCAGCAUCCUAGGUGAGGGGUUAGCUUUCAAGGCUUCAGGUAGCACUGCCCCAUGGCUUUGCUGGGCACAGUCCAUGUGGCCAUUCUUGCAGAUUGGAGUCUAGUGCCUGCAGCUUUUCCAGGCUGAGGUUGCAUGCUGCUGGUGGCUCUAUAAUUCUGAGGUACCCAUGGCAGCCUCAUUCCACAGCUCCACUAGGCACUGCUCUAGCAGAGUCUCCCUGCUGGGGUUAUGCCCUGAGGGAGGUUUCUUCCUGGGCACCCAGGCUUUCCAACACCCUCUGAAAGCUAGGAGGAAGGUGCCAAGCCUCCACCCCUCUUGCAUUCUGUGCAGCUACAGAUUUAGCACCACAUGGAGGCUGCCAAGGCUUACUGCUUCUGUCUCUGUAGUAGAACCAAGCAGUACCAGGGACCCUUUGAGCCCUGGCUAGAGCCAGAGUGCAGAAAUGCAGGGAGCAGCAACCCAAGGUGGUGGUGAAGGGCAGCAACAUCAGGGCCCUGUCCCUUGAAACCAUUCUGUCCCCCUAAGCCCCUGGGCCUGUGAUGGGAGGGGCAGCCUUGAAGAUUUCUGAAUGCAUUUGGGGCCUUUUUCCAAUUGUUUUGACUAUUAGCACCCAGCUCCCUUUCUCAUUGCUAAUCUCUCUAGCCUUGGGUUCUUUUCCUGAAAAUGCUCUUUCCUUUUCUACCACAGCCAGGCUGCAAACUUGCUAAGUUUUAAUGCUCUGCUUCUCAUUUAACUACAAAUUUCAACUUUAGAUCAUUCCUUUGCUCUCAUACCUGAGCAUAAGCUGUUAAAAGCAGCCAUGUCACUUCUUGAAUGCUUUGCUGCUUAGAAAUUUCUUCUGCCAGAUACCCUAGGUUGUCACUCUUUUAUUUUUCUUUUUUUUUCCCCCUAGACAGAGUCUUGCUCUAUUGCCCAGGCUCACUGUGUGAUCUUAGCCCACUGUAACCUCCACCUCCUGGAUUCAAGCAAUUCUCAGUGAUUCUCAGCCUCCCAAGUAGCUGGGACCACAGGUCCGCAUGCCACCAUGCCUGGCUAAUUUUUGUAUUUUUAGUAGAGACGAGGUUUCACCAUGUGGACCAGGCUGGUCUGGAACUCCUGACCUUAUGAUCUGCCCGCCUCAGCCUCCCAAAGUGCUGGGAUUGCAGAUGUGAGCCACCACGCCCAGCCAGGUUGUCACUCAUAAAUUCAGCCUUCCCCAAAGCCCUAGGGCAUGGACACAAGGCAGCCAAGUUAUUUGCCAAUUUAUGACAAUGCUGGCCUUUGCUCCAGUUCCCAAUAAGUUCCUCAUUUCCAUCUGAAACCUUGUCAAUAUGGCGUUUACUGUCUAUAUCUCUAACAGCAUUUUGGUCUCAACUAUUUAACCAAUCCUUAAGAAAUUUCAAACUUUCUCUUAUCUUUUUCUCUUCUUCUGAGCCCUCUAAAUUCUUCCAGCCUUCACCCAUUACUAGGUGAAGUUCCAAAGCUGCUUCUACAUUUUCAGGUAUCUUUAUAGCAAUGCCCUACUCCUCGGCACCAAUUUUCUAUCUUUGUCCGUUUGUGUUACUUGUAAAGAAAUAUCUGAGGCUGGGUAAUUUAUAAAGAAAAGAGGUUUAUUUGGCUCAAGGUUCUGUAGGCCAUAUAGGAAGCAUGGCACUGGCAUCUGCAUCUGGUGAGGGCCUCAGGCUGCUCCCACUCAUGGCAGAAGGCAAAGGGGAGCCUGCAUGUGCAGAGAUUACAUGGCGAGAGGAGGCAAGAGAUAGGGAGGGAGGUGCCGGGUUAUUUUUAACAACCAUCUCUUGGCCAGGCACAGUGGCUCAUGCCUGUAAUCCCAACAUUUUGGAAGGCUGAGACCAGCAGAUCACCUGAGGUCAGGAGUUUGAGACCAGCCUGACCAACAUGGAGAAACCCCAUCUCUACUAAAAAUGCAAAAUUAGUAGGGUGUGGUGAUGCAUGCCUGUAAUCCCAGCUACUCGGGAGGCUGAGGCAGGAAAAUCACUUGAACCCGGGAGGUGGAGGUUGCGGUGAGCUGAGAUUGUGCCAUUGCACUCCAGCCUGGGCAACAAGAGUGAAACUCCUAAAAUAAAAAUUAAAAAAAAAAAAAAAAAACACCCAGCUCUCAUGGGAACUAACAGAGCAAGAACUCACUCAUUGCAAGACUGGCAGCAGGCCAUUUAUGAGGGAUCCACCCUGUGACCCAAACACCUCCCAUUAGGCCCCAUUUCCAACACUGGGGAUCACAUUUCAACAUGAGACUCAGAGGGGACCAACAUCCAAACUACAGCACACAGUUACCACGUACAUCAAGGUAUUAGUGUCAGCAUUGCCCUAAGAACAGAGGCUGAUAGGAAGGCAGGGCCUGCUUAUUGCAGCAUCAAACAGUGUCUAAUCAAGUCACUGGGCCCCUCCCCUAGAUCCAUCUACUUUGGGGCCACAUCAGAGUCUCACCCACAAAUAUUGUUAACAGUGAUUGUUUUUCCCCAUUACAGUGCACUUACAUGGCAGGAAAAAAUCCUCACGAUAUUCCAAGCAUGUCAUGAUCCCAAUUUCCUUUUAUUUUAAAAAUCCCCAGAGUCCUCCUGGAUAUGACUGAACAGAGCCAGCCUCUCUCACAGUGCUUGGGAAUGAGGAGAUUUGGAACAGGUGGGGCUGUAUUGUGUCUUGUGCCUUAUCAGUGUGCUGUGAGAGAACCAUGCUCAGCACGGUGCUCUCUACUUUGGGAGAGUGCAAGAAGGCUGCCCCUCAGCAGUGCAUUCAAGGGGGUGCAGUGGUGAAGCCAAGCGUGUGCCAUCAAGUCAGCCUGAGAGGUUCAGUUAAGUGUUGGAUCCAAGGAACUGCAGAGCAGCAGUUUUCUGGCUGACUUGCUCCCCGUGAUAAGCACAGCAGAAGUCACAGAUGCCUUCACACUCCACUUCCAUGUAGCUUUUUUUAAUUGCAAGGUUGUGAUUUGCCCGUGUGGAACAUUUAGAGCCUUUCCCACCUAAUUACACCCUGCCCAGCAGCUGGCGCACAAACAAAGCUGCCUCUCCUGUCCCUGCAGAAGUGUUUGUCGCUGGUCACACAGCAGGCCUAGGACUGUCAAAUGCAAAGGCUGGUGGGCGGCAGCCCUGCCAGCUCCAGAUGCCUCUCCCACUUCUUUGUUGUCUCUCUCUAUGCCCAGCAGGCAGACCCCAUCCCCCUCCCCUAAUAUGGUCCUAAUCUCUAGGAAUUCCUGCAGAGGCAGUGCAAAAUCAUGAGAGAGCGUGGGCUUUAGAACUGGUUCAUUGCCUGGCUUCAAAACUUACCUCUGCCACCAGCUGGCUGUGUAUCUCAAUGUCUUCGUGUAGAAAUUAGAGAAGGUUUACCUCUGCUUUCCUCACUGGGCUGUGGCAAAGAUGACAUCUAAUGUAAGUCAAGCACCCAGUGCAAAGUGGGCAUUUGAUAAAUGACAGCCACUGCCCCCUGUGAGAGGGCGGGAGGGUUUAUGUGGGUGAUGAAUUCCGUGUGCAUACCAGUCACCUAUAACCUGCCUUGCUUCUUUCCCCCUCGAAUGUGUUUGCAGGUGAAGCUUAUUUGGGUCUGCCCAAAGCAGACAGACUGACACGUGCUACCCGCAUUCCUCUGGGAUCCUCUUCCCGGAGCCCAUCUCUGGCUUCUAUGUGCUGAGUUUGCCAUGCAAAGGGAAAUUUUCACUCCUUGGCCCAAGGGGCAUUUGACCUCCUUCCAAGCACAGCCCUUCUCUGCAUGCUACAGAAAGUUUUGCUCAGGGAGGGGAGGAAAACCUCAGAAAUCCCCUCAAGUACUCUGAAGGACUCAGAUUAUUUCCACAGGCAACCCUGUAGAUUAACACUAACCUGCUUCCCUAAUUUUAUCAUCUAGUUUGGAUUAAAAGCAUAAAAGUUAAUGCCUGUACAUUUCCAAGGCAAUAAAGGGGAAAGACCACAGUAAAGAUGACUGGUCUAUCAUGCACAGCAGAGCCCCGGAGAGCAGCAGUCACUUGUCAGGGAGGGCAGACACUGAACAUGGUGGUGUUGAAAGCAUAAAACGUAAUGCAGAGUGUGUGUGCGUCAACCAGCCGUGUUCAACUGCUGUAGCAGGUAUUGUACCAUCUCCACACAGGGAUAAAAACCAGUCAUGCCUUGUUUUAAAUGGCCAAGGAAGUGGUCCAGCUACCUGAAUAGGAGCCAUGAACCUGCCUUACUUAAAGCCUCAUCCCAUCCAUGUGUUCAGAGCCACUGCGGUUGCCCCUAGUUCCCUGGCCCACUGGUUCUCCAGGGCCAUGGGGAAAAGGAAACUAAACACCAGCAGAUGCAUGGAGAGGUGGGGGAAGGGGAUGAGAGGGAGCCUGAGGGAACUGAGACUAAUACUUUCUGCUUGUAGCCUAUAAGAAAUAUUUGUAGACCCUGUUUCAGUCAAUAAAUAUUUAUGAAGCACCACCUCUGCGCCAGGCUCUGUCGGUGCUCUCUGGCCCAGUGGGAAAUUAGGGCUGGUAGGCAGACAGCUACAAUCGAGGGACUACGGGACAUUUGACAUAGGCCUGGACUCUUGGGGAAGGCUGUCCUGGAAAUGGCAGCCCCACUGGUAGCAGGCAGAGUGGGAGAUGAACUGAGGGUGGAAGAGCACACAUCCAGUCCCGGAGACAAAGGACAGCUGGGUGGGUGGGAAACAUAGGGGUCUUCAGUGCUUCCAGGGCCUCAGGGUUGGGGAUGGAAAGGAGGCUGGGUGGGGGCGGGGAGGUGGGUAGAAGGGGAGAGAGAUGGGACUGGAGAGAUGAGAAGGACAGCCUGUCGAGGCCUGAGAUACCAUGGUAGGGGAGGUAAGUGGUUCCUCUCAGAAUGAGAAGCCGUGAAAAGGCUCAAGGCAGAGGAGUUACUUCGGUGAGAUGGGAGAAGUACUCAGGCUUGAGAGCUGUUUUGCAGGCCCAUUCAAUUUUGCAAAGCAUGAGCCUAGGGGUCAGGGACAGCCCAGCCUAGCAUGGGACUGCCACUGGGUCUCUGGGGGAUCCUUCCAGGCCCCAUUUUCUCAGCUAUAGAGUGAGAAGAUGGAAGAGACGGUCUCAAAGUUCUCCUAGCUCUGGCAGAGUGGAAAUUCUCUUUGCUCGCUUAAAAAAUUUUUUUAAUCCAGAGUCACGCAUCACCCAGCUCCACUCCUGCCAGCUUUCUUAGCAGCGGCUGACUCCUUCUCCUCCACCCCUCAGCAACUGCCUGACACUCAUCCCAGCUCCUUCCUCCAGCUCAGGAGCAGCCCCAUCCCAAUGCCCCCUUAGGAUGGGGUCCACACUCUAGAAACUCUGAAGCCGCCCUCACCCUCUGAUCAGGACAAGAGACACCAGUUACAGCCAUUCUGGCCUCCUGUGGCUGUGCUCGGGACCCCAAUCCAUUUGGCCCUUGGCCAGAAGGAGCAGAUGCUAAGGCUACCCCUCCUGGAGUCCACUUGAGUAUAAUGAUUGGAAGCAGCUCUCUUCAAUCUCUUAGAUUGAUUUAGCCCACACGUUUUUAAUAAUUGUGUAGCAUUUCCCAUUCUAUGAAGCAUGUUCACCUACUGCAUACUUAUUGAAGGGAAGUGGAAAGAAAGUGAGCAAGUUACAUUUGAUGUUGGCUGAGCCUGUUUCUACGUCUGUCUACCCCAAGGAAUGAGGAGGGCGCCCUUCUCUGUAUAGUUCUGUGAUUCUUGUGAGUGCGCAAGAGUGCAUCAGCAGUAUUUCCCGGGUAUGUUCUAGGUGCAAUCACAGAGAUCUCUGUAUUGUUUUCAUAGAUUUUACUUUUUGGAACAAUUUUAGGUUUAUGGAAAAAUUGCUUAAAAAAGUAGAGUUCCCAUACACCUCAUCUGUCUCUGUCUUUCUGUUUCUCUCUCUCUCUCUCUCUCUCUCUCACACACACACACACACACCUUUUUUUAUUUUAACAUCUUGCAUUAGUGUGGUACAACCGUUACAACUGAUUAAUCAAUAUGUGGUAUAUAAUAUUAACUGAAGUCAAGAGCCAAGCCUAAUGUCAACUAUUGACUUUAGUUAAUAUUAUAUACCGUGUACUUUCCAAUAUAUGUUUACAUUUCCUCCAUGUCUUCUUGAUCUCUUUACUCUAAGAGGAAAAGGUGAGCAGCCCAGUGUGCAGAACUUGAAACUCCACAGACUUCAUAGGCUUCUUGGCUUGUGGGGCUGGAGAAGUUUAUGAGAGGCCAGUGAGUCUAUACCAUGGUCUCUCCCCACGAGGUCAUCAAGGCCUUGGGGAAAGACCAUCCCACAGGUUCCCUCAAUACCAUGUUCCAGGGGAUGACAACUUCUUCCUUCUAUCUUCUCAUCCCCUGUGGCCUUUGGUUGAGAUUUUAUCACACAUUCAUGCCCCCUGACCACAGGACCUUCUAUCUUUUCUUCGGACUUUACAAUCUUUACACUCAUUUAAAUCCCCUUACCAACACUUCUGGAAACCCCAGCAUUGCCACUGUGCUCAAAGCUGAGGGUCCUAAAUGGAUGAAAUGAAUCUAGAGGGGAGGCAAACAGGCACAUAGGAAAUUAUAAGUCUCAGGGAGGGCAGGGACAGUGCCAUGUACCGGGUGCCUUGUGAGUACACAGGAGAGGCCACUAGCCCCACUUGGGAGGUAGAGAAAAAUCUCCCAGAGAAAGGGACAGCUAAGCCCCUUGGCAUACCAUGAUUAUCUUCUUUUUGUGCACAUACAAGCCACUCUUUCCCCACCUUCCAAUACAAUCUUAGCGCUAAAUGGGGCUCUAAAUCUCAGGCAUCUGGUAGCUAUGAAAUCAUUCUCCACUUCAGUCUCCUCAACUGUAAAAUGUGGAAAAUAAUAUAACCUACUUGGUAGGGUUGUUGGGAGGUGAUAAAGGAACUAAUUUAUGUAAAAUGCUUAGAACCACACCUGGCACAGCGUACAUACUUAAAGGUGUUAGCUAUUAUUAUCAUCAUUAAAUCCAGACAAUUUUGUAAUACUGGCUCCCCUCCCUGGUAUCUCAGAUAUAGUGAAAAUCUACUUGCUUGGUGCUGUUUGCUUUUCUCCACAAGUAUGUCACGGUGACAUUUUUAAUUCUGAUUGUUGAAUCAUCUCCAGUUUGCCACUGAGAAUUCCUCUAAGCCCAUAUUGGCUAAUCAGUUCCCUUGGAGCACAGGUCUUUAACCCACCAGAAAGCAGCCUUCCCUGGUAUUGUCUAGCUCAUGUUUCCAAAUCUGUUCUCACGGAUUUCAUGAGAACUGGGAGCAGAUGCUCUAUGGAAAGCCAUCUGCAGAUUCCCCUCCACCCCCACCUCCCACCAAGCCAUCAGGAGAGCAGAGCCAUAAAGAAGAACGAAGUUGGUCUGGCAUGAUUUGUUCAGUGAUUCUUUUGUUGUUGUUAUAAAAAAGAAUAUUUAUUUAGAAUAAAAAUACCUAAUAAUCUCAUACCAGUCAGAAUGGUUAUUAUUAAAUAGUCAAAAAAUUACAACGAUUCUUAUCAACCACACAUUCGGCAUCUAAGGGCUGAGGAGACGUAGGUUUAGUAAUUGAUCCAGAUGCUUGUCUAACAUCGGCACGGAAUUCACAAGGCAAGAAAUUCACAAGUCCAUAGGUCACUGGAGGUCCACAGAAGGCCCACCUUCUCCUCCAUUUUGUCAAACACUGUCCCAGAUGAGCCCCUUCAGUCUCUUAGGAGUGCUCUGACCUCUGUAGUUUCUCACGGGCCCCUAACCUCUGUUUAGCAAUAUCAGCUUUGGGUUUUCUGGGUAUCUGGAAUGGCAUUUGGACAGUGCUACCUACUGGUUUAAUUCAUGGGCACUGAAAUUAGACACACCUGGGCUUAAAUUUCACUUCUGUCAUGUACAGAAGCAAAGUCAGGCAAGACAGUGGACAUUUAAGCCUCAGAGCCUUGCCAAAUGAGGACAUUGACAGCAUCUACCUCCUAGUUAGCUGUAAGAAUUAAGUACCAUGUUGACAUAGACUGCUUAGAAUGGCACCUGGCAUGGUGUCAACACUCAAAACCAGUAGCUGCUCUCACCAUUCUGUUAUUCCCCCUUCAGCACUCCAAAAGAAUUUAAAAAUGCCCCCUUCCUCUCAAUCUCCUGCAGCACUGCAUCAUCCUUUAGGGCAGCUUAUGGCCCCGCCAUCCUCGUUCUUCUGGCUUUAAAAGAACCAAGAAUCCCCCGAGGUUGGAGAAGGCAUUUUCUACACUCCUGCCUAUCAGGGGUUAUCCCCUGCUCUCUAUCUUUCAGGUCCGGAGCACCCAUAGGCACCCAUGAGUCACUGUUCUUCUCCAUCCCAUCGUCAGCUCACCAGGACUGGGCUCCCCUGGACUCCCAGUUAGAAUCACCACAGUGCAGGCUGCCAGCACUCCAGAGGGGCUUCCUUGUGGACUCUCAGGCUAACAGACCAGUCCCUCUUGACCCGGAACUUACUGAAAUCUGGUGUCCUAACAAAAACAGGAUAGAGUGCCACAUUGAGCACGCAAGCGUUGAGGCAUGAUUGCAGUGAACUCCCAAGAAUCCUCUAAUAUCACAUUGCACAUCUAGCACAGCAGUUCUCAACUGGACCAUCUUGCCCACAGGGGCAUGUGACAAUGUCUGGAGGAGGCAUUUUUGGUUGUCACAACUUGGGGGUGAGGUACUAUUGCAUCUUGUGCGUCCAGGUCAGGAAUAUACUGGGGGGUGGGGUACUAUUGCAUCUUGUAGGUCAAGGCCAGGAAUGUCACACAUCCCACAGUGCACGAGCUAGCCCCCACCCACCCCCAUACCAUCCCCAGCAAAGAAUUCUGCAGCCCUAACAUCAACAGGGCCAAGGCUGAGAAACCCUGAUUUAGGAGAGACAUCCCACGAGGCUACAGAACUUAAUGUCCUCCAGCUGGUAAAUGAGACAGUCAGGAUUUGGCUCAGUCAGUCUUGCUGAGUCAGGGCAUCGAGACUGUUCUGUAUCUGGAGUCCUCUGGCAGUCUGGUGGGGCAUAUGGAGGCUUUCCCAGAAGAAUAUUUUUAAGUGCAUAAAAUAAGACCAAUAAAUUAUAUUAAACCACAGUUAUCAAAACACUUUUGAAAACUAAUACAUAACAUAAUUAUAUAUAUAUUCUAUGAGUAACAAAUAAUAAGGUCUGAUGCAGGUCUAAUUACUAUAAAUGCAAAGUCAUGACAAAUUGCAUAAGCAAUAUUUUGAAAUAUUGGUAAACACUGUAAUGUGAAAUGAAAAUAUCUGUAGUUUCUUUUAAUGACAAAGUUGCAGGUCUGGCCAACACUGAUUUAUUGCCUACGUGAUAGGUGAGGGAGGUGCUAAAUUCAGUGAAAAGUUAGUGAAAAUGACGCGGAAGUGUUUCUUGUCCAAGUUCAUAGACCCCAUGAAUUCCAUCUGCUGACCUGGGUUAAAACCCGUUUGCUCUAAAGGCUAUAGUCCUAAGGCUUAUGUUGGCUUCCAAACAGACUCAAUUUCUCUGCCCUGACAGGCGUGCAUGUGUUCUGGGUCUUAUGAGCUGUCAUUGGCCCCAGAGUAGCCAUUGUCAUUUAGCCUGUGGUCAAGUGAUACAAGAAAACCUGUAUUCACAGCCCACUCCAUCAUCCACUACCCAUUUGGCUUGCAUUAGUUACUUAACCUCUGUGAACCUCAGUUUCUUCAUCCAUAAAAUGGAAAGAAUACCACUGCUUUGUAGGUUUAUUGUGAGAAUUAAAUAAGACAGCAAACAUAAGAUACCUAAUAUAACAUUUAGUACAAAAAUAAGCAUUCAAACUAUGAGAAACAAACUUAACCGUUCAAACUCAAAGAAUGGACUUAGAGACCCACAGGACAGCAAAAUGAGACUUUUAAUGACAGUUUUGCAAGAUUGGGUGUUUGGCACGCAGGCACAGCCAGCACAGUUUUAACAAGCAAUUUAUCCCCUAGUAGGCAGGUCCUUCCCUGCCCUUCUUCAUAGGCUGAGUACUACAGGGUUACAAUUUUCCCAGACGGACGUCGCCUAUUGAUUGUUAGGCAGGGGCUUUAGGUGUUUUCUUUAGGGUUGCCUUGCUGCAUUUUCUUGCAGCCUACAAUGCAUUGCAAUCCUAGUUAGCUCAGGAGCUCUUCAAGUAUUUGACUUAUGACCUGAGUAGCUGGGCAGACUGAUAAAUACAGACAAAGCGAGCUAUUUUGCAGACUGGCAAACUUUUAUUUUAGACUAAACUUUUUUGGUUCCGGUGAGGGCAACUAAGUGGGGUGGUGGGGGGAAGGGGAGGCUGAAAAGCAAGCAUUGGCUAUUCAAGCAGGGACCUAGUAUAUUCAGUUGCUUUUGUAGUUUGCUGCCCUAAGCUGAUUUAAGGCACUUUGUCUUGGAAAUGGACGGCUGUAUACAUUAUUUCCUUCAAUUCUCUCCUCUUUUUCUUUUCACCCCUACUGGUCCCAUUUCCACAUUUAUUUUUGUGUCCUUUAGUCCUUAAAUUCAUUAAGUACUCCUUUAGUGGCUCCUAUUGAGUUAAUAUAAAUGUUGGGAUUAAAGGAAUUUGUUAGAUCUCUCCAACUUUGGUGGCCAUGUGGAUUUUCGGGGAUUUUAUGGAAUGCCAAAGUGAAUGGAAUGGCCAGUUAAACUAAGGCACAAGUCCCAGUUCAAUUGGACAGUAAAGGUCACAGAGGUUCCUUUUCCCACAAUACCAAUAGACAUUAGCCGGGGGUAUAUGAAGAGCCAAGUAGUUGCCUUUGUUUGACUUAGCAAUAACAUUUAGGAUGUGGGUACAAGUUGAGAGUUGAACUCUGCCCCGUGCCUAGAGAGACAAGAGAAGUGGUUUAUAUUUCCUGCGGAGAAUGAGGGGAUUGCUUUAGGAUCUGACCUCUGCAAUGCAGGAAAGAGCAAUAAUAGACUUUUGUAGAUCUUAUUUCCCCACACAUCCCUGUCCUGGUAUAGAGCCAACAUACAACACAUUCCUUUGGGACUGGUAUCCCUUCCUAGGGGAAACGGAACUACCCGUGCCUGAGGCCUCCCAGCAGAGCAUGCGUAACAGUCACUUUUAUUAAGAGCUAGUACCGAAAAUUUGACCCAUUCAACCCAGGCAUUUACAUCCCCAUAUCCAGCCUUAAUUUCUAAAGUUUGCCUUAAGUUAGUCACCUUAAUUAUUUUUACUUUUUUAGGGUUAUUGUUUGGUAGGUUAAAGGAAGUAGUGGGACGGGGAGUUAUAGUAAUCCUGGGUGGGCUCGGAGUGGAGUUGGUGACUAGCCUAAUAGCUAACCGUCCCAUGGGAUCCCUUCCUGAGCUAUUUAUUCCUAAUCCAUACCUCCAAGUUUCCUGAUCUAGAGUAGCUGGGUUGUUUAUGAUAAUUAAUAUAGGAUUGCAUUUUAAAUUUCUAAGUUAGGGGGUGUAGGGCCCUUAUACAAAUGUAUUUUUUUUUAAGGGUUUGUUUUUGGAAGAAUGACUCACCCAGCCUUGACACUGGGUGGUCCAUCAGACCUCAUUCCGGUAGCACAGGGCUUUCCCUAACAGCGACCUGUUUCAGGACCCAGGUAUUUGUUUGCUUGUGACAGCUGCCUUUGGUUUUCUAAAUUCCCACAAUGUAAGACUUGGCAGGCAUUGAACUUUAUGGUCUGGUCUGGGAGGUGGAGGUUCUAGUUAUGUUGACUAUUAGUUUGAUUGGAUAUUCCCUAUUUUUCACCCCUAGUACUGGGCCCUAUUUAAUAUUUAGGUCUCCUUUUACCCCCCGUGUGAAUAUAUUCGCCCCCAAUGAUGGCACCUGCUUAUAGCUUCCUUCUAGGUUUUCCUUAGAGUUAGCUUUAAAGGUUCCUUAGGUGAUUUAUACACUUCCCAUCUACCCUUUUCCCUUCCUUCCACGGGUUCUUUUUUCAGUUUUUUGAUAAGCAGUGUUUCCAAACUGCUGAAUCAAAAGAAAGGUUUAACUCUCUGAGCUGAAUGCACAUGUGUUUACCCCAUUCAGCUGUUCGUGCGUCUGUCUUAGUGAUCAGGAGCACUUGACAGGAACCUUCCCAGCAUGGCUGCAGCUUGUCUUCUUUCCAAGUCUUAAUUAGCACCGAGUUGCCAGGCUGGAAGUGGUGAGCUGUAAACUUAAGAAGCAGGGUUUGAGUUAGAAGUUCUUUUAACCUAAGGGAUGACAGGGUGGAGGAUAUGGCCAGCAUACAAUUUCUUAAAAAUUGGUCUUUGGUUUCCACAGUAGGAAGGUUAGUAGUCCUGCCUAAAUACGGGAAUGCUUUGAAAUGGCCUUAACCCAGGAGGUCUUCUUCCGGUAGUCUUUUCUGUAACUACCCUUUUGUUCAUUCUCUGGCAGUUUACACAACCCCCGCACACUUGUUUAGCAAGUGUAUAAAUCUCUUUACAUCCCUAAUUCUUGAGUAUUGCAUCAUACAUGGUCUGGGGACCCCAGUGACUUCCCUUGUGCAGUGUAGACAUUGAUUCUGUUUUCUGGGUUUGCUUAUUAUUUCUCUUCCAUCAGGGAGCAUCCACCUCCCAUCCUUAGUUUGAGUGGCCCCUAUUUUGCCCAGUUUUUCCUCCUCCUCCUUAGAAAAUUGAGGUUGUAAUGCCAUCUUAGGGAUACCUGGGAUUAGGCUAAACAGUUUAACCUCUUCCUUCAUAGAGCCUUGCUUAGCAGCUUUAUCCACAAGCCUGUUCUCUAGAGCUUCUAUAGUGUUUCCUUUCUAAUGGCCAUUUACAUGAACUAUGGCUAUCUCUGCUGGAAGCAGGAGGCUUUUUAGAACUCAUCUGACCAGUUCCCUAUGUACCAAUUUUAUCCCCCUGCCAUUUAUUAGGCCCAUUUUGUUCAGACCUUUCCAAAGAUGCAUAUGUACCAUGGGUAAUUGUUAUUCUUAAGGAAAGUCAAGAGCUGAAUAAUACUUUCUGCAAGAUUCUAGAGAGCUAAAAUAACGACCUAUGGUGUCUGCUUGAUGUCCAUCACAUCAUCCAUUUCUCACACCUGGUCAAGUGGCUUUCCAUGAUUUCUGCACCAAUCCUUCCUUUCCCCUCUCCUGUUAUCCACAUAUAAAUCCCUGGAGGGCCUUUUACCCCCAAAGCUACAGGUUAACCUGUGUGUGUCUCCUAUACCUGCGCAUCUUUCCUCUGGGAAGGUCUAGUCCUUAUGACUGGAGCUCAGCCACUCAACGCACAGCUCGACCAGAUUCUCAGCGGUAGGUCUGAGGCUUUGGUUUUUAGGUAGUGACUUCUGUUUUUCUUUUUUUUUUUUCUGUUGAGACAGAGUCUUCCUCCGUCACCCAGGCUGGAGUGCAGUGGUGCAAUCUCGGCUCAUUGCAACCUCUGCCUCCUGGGUUCAAGCAACUCUCCCACCUCAGCCUCCCAAGUAAUGGGGAUUACAAGUAUGCUCCACCAUGCCCAGCUAACUUCGUAUUUUUUAGUAGAGACGGGGCUUUGGCAUGUUGGCCAGGCUGAUCUUGAACUCUUGGCCUCAAGUGAUCCGCCCACCUCAGCCUCCCAAAGUGCUGAGAUUACAAGUGUGAGCCACCGCACCCAGCCCAAGUUCUGAUUUCCUGUCUUCAAUUUUUCUAAACUCUGAACAGUAUCCCUGUCCUCCAUGCUUGGAUGUCCCUCUUGCCCCAGUUUAUCCACGCUCCCUCCACUCCUAGUGUGAGCCUAUCUAGGUUUUCUUUAACUAACUUGAAAAGUUAUGUUAAAUUAUUUUCGGUUUUUUUUUUUUUUUUUAAUUGACAGAGUCUCGCUCUCUCACCAGGCUGGAGUGCAGUGGUGCGAUCUCGGCUCACUACAACUUCCACCUCCCAGGUUCAAGCGGUUCUCCUGCCUUAGCCUCCAGUGUAGCUGGGACUACAGGCAUGCACCACCAUGCCCAACUAAUUUUUGUAUUUUAGUAGAGAUAGGGUUUCACCAUGCUGGCCAGGAUGGUCUCGAUCUCUUGACCUCAUGAUCUGCCCGCCUCAGCCUCCCAAAGUGCUGGGAUUACAGGCAUGAGCCACCGCACCUGGCCUUCUUCUUCUUCUUUUUUUUUUUUCUAAUUGACAUGGGUUCUCACUGUAUUGCCCAGGCUGGUCUUGAACUCUUGAGCUCAAACAGUCCUCCCACCUUGGCCUCCUAAAGUGCUGGGAUUACAGGUGUGAGCCACUGUGCCCGGCCUGGUUAUGGUAAAUUAAAUCCAAUCCGAGCCCGUGUCCAGUGAGUGUGAGGCUCCUUCUAGCCUGAGUUGAAUGUAACAUCACUGAGAAAGAUGUGCCACAAAAGUGUCUUCUAUCCCGAGGAGGAAACCAGUUGUAAGGUCUCCUUCUGUGGGGUCUGGGACCUUCACUACUCUUGCUUCUCUCUCAGGAAGUCUCUAUGUGACAGUGUUUUCUUAAGUGUGAGAUGUUAGUACAUGUUGGAUGAAAGAAGGGUUCUGUGGGAAACUUUGGGAGAAAGUUUCAUUGACCCAAUCAGGUUUCUUUACCAAAGGGCUUCUCAGAGUAUUUAACAUGGUAAUGGUAAUAUAGGGUCUCCCACAUGUUAUGGACUGAAUGUAUCACCCCCACCCCCACCCAAUUUAUAUGUUGAGAUUUAAUCCCCAUAAUGAGGGCAUUAGGAGGUGAGGCCUCUGGGAGGUGAUUAGGUCAUGAGGGUGGAGCCCUUGUGAAUGGGAUUACCAACCUUUUAAGAAGAGAACAGAGAGCUCCCUUGCCCUCCUUCCACCAUGCAAGGAUAGAAGUCGGCUGUCUGCAGCCCAGAAGAGAGCCCUCACCAGAAUUCAAUGGUGCUGGCACUCCAGCUUGGAGUGCCAGCCGCCAGAGCUGUGAGAAAUCAAUGACUGUUGUUUAUAAGCCACCCAGUCUACGGUACUUUGUAGCCUGAACAAAGACAACUAGGGAGCCUCUUCUCACAGGGCAUCCCAGGACCAGAGGGGGACUGACCAUGAGGCACCUCGUGGCCCCACACCCAAAACUGGCCUUUCUGUGCCUCAAUGCAUUAUACUUGAGGGCUGGCUGGGAGGCCACAGUGGCCCCAGUAGGGCACAUUGCCCCAGCAAAGGCCACACACCACUCCCCAGCAGGGUCCUAGGACUACAGGUGCACCCCAUCUUCAAUGGCAGGGCUCCCACGUGUUUCUGGGGGGCCUCACUCACCAAGGCUCCACAUGCUUCAACUCCAGGAGGAAAGAGCCAAUAAGACCUGGCUCAGCAUCCCACUCAGAGGUUAUCGCGACCAGGUCCCAUAGCCACUCUGUCCCCUACCCCAGGACUGGAGCAGCAGAGGCAGGUGAGGGGCAGGUGCCCAUGUGGGCAAGGCUGUGACUGAGCUGACGCAGGUGAGGGGGAAUUGAGGGACAAAGGCCUGGGAGGCUGAUCAGGAGCUCACACAGCUGAACAGAGAAUGGCUGAGGUGUGACAUUACCAACGCCAAGCAAAGAGGCCAAAAGAUGCACAUUUUCAAACUACCGAGGAUAAAAAACCAAUCUAGGACCAACCAUGUUUACAGGAAAGAUGGAAUUACCUUUUUUUCUCCCUAUAGAAAAUGAUAAUACAAAAUUAUUGUCCUAUGAAGAAAUCAGAGAACAUACAGCCAAAACACGCAAGAUGAAAACAUUAUAGAUGAGUGGCAGCAGAGGAUCAAUAAUAGUUCAUAAAACAUAUUUUUAUUCUUUUCUGGGUUUUUGUGAUGUCUAUGUUGUCAACUUUCAGCUUUUUGAAAUGUAUAAUUUCUUGUGAUUUCUCAUUCUGAAUAAAUUUUCAUUUCUGUAUUAA